UUUUUGUAAAUGUCAAAAUUCAUGUUUCGAAAUUUAAGUUUUUUUACUAGAAAUAAUUUUACACAAAAUGGCAACUUACGCUCAAUCAGUCACUACAAAAUUACAGUCUUUAGACAUCUGUAAUAUUUUAAAGGAAAGUAAGUUUAAACUGUUCUCUGACUCUUGUGGCCAAAAAAAUAAAAAAAGUCUUGUUCCUGGUGAACCUGAUGGUCCAUGUAUGAAAACCGAUAUUCCUGGUCCUAAAUCUAAAGAAGGUAUGAAACAUUUAAGCAAUUUACAGAUGGUUCACUGGAUACAAUAUUUAGCAAACUACAAAAAAUCUAUAGGAAAUUAUAUAGUUGAUGCUGACGAUAAUGUUUUGUUGGACACGUAUAUGAAUAUCUCAACUAUGGCACUGGGGUAUAGCAAUCCUGCUAUUUUGGAUGUUUUUAAAGAUCCGGGUAAUAUAAAAAACAUGGUAAAUAGGUCAGCUCUUGGAGUUUUUCCUGACAUGGACUGGCCCUGCCUAAUAGAAAAUAUUAUGAAAUCAAUAUCACCCAAAUUGCCUAAAAUUCAGAUGAUGAUGUGUGGAACUUGUGCCUGUGAAAACGCUGUUAAGCAGGCAUUCAUAGCUUAUAGAAUGAGAGAAAGAGGAAACAAGGACUUUACUGAUGAAGAAAAACAAUCUUGUAUUUUUAACCAACCACCAGGAUGUCCUUUUCUGUCUGUUUUAUCUUUUAAAGGAUCAUUUCAUGGAAGAACCCUUGCAAUGUUAUCCACAACACAUUCAAAACCAAUACAGAAAUUGGAUCUUCCAACAUUUAAUUAUUGGCCAACGGCUAAUUUUCCAAAUUAUAAGUAUCCUUUGGAAGAAAACGUAAGAGAAAAUAAAGAGAUUGACUGCCGGUGUCUCGAAGAGAUAGAAGAUAUAUUCCACAGACAAAAGAAGUGUGGUGCGCCAGUUGCAAGUGUUCUAACUGAACCCAUUCAAUCAGAAGGCGGCGAUAAUCAUGCAUCACCCGAGUUUUUCAAGCAUCUUCAACAAAUCUGCAAAGAUAAUUCAGCUUAUUUAAUAAUAGAUGAAGUUCAAACGGGCUGUGGUGGUACCGGAAAGUUUUGGUGUAUCGAACAUUUUGAUUUACCAUGUCCUCCAGAUUUUGUAACUUUUAGUAAAAAAUUCCAAGCAGCAGGCUACUUCUUCAGCGAUGCGGUAGAUGUUAAACACGGUGGAAGAAUAAUGAACACCUGGCUGGGUGAUCAAAGCAAAGCUAUGAUGUUGGAAGCCAUCAUCAAUACUAUCAAAAGCCAGAAUUUGUUAGAUCAAGUGAAUAGGUCUGGCAAGAAGUUAUUAAGUGGCCUAAAAGACCUAGAAAAGGAGUUUACGCCUUUGAUGGAUUCCGUGAGAGGAAGAGGUACCUUUAUUGGAUAUAAUAUUAAGGACGAAGAGACAAGGAAUACUUUGAUAAUUAAAUUAAAGAAAAAUGGUGUUCAAGCUGGUGCUUGUGGAACUCGAUCAAUUCGAAUAAGGCCAGCGUUGGUGUUUCAAGAGCAUCAUGUCGACAUAUACUUAGAUAUAUUAAGGAAGGUAUUAAAAGAAUUGAGUGGUGGUGCAAAACGUUGUUAAAUUUGCUGGUCUGAUAAAUAUAAAAAAAAUGAAAAUAUUAAAUAUGUGGUUGUGUGUUUUGAAA